AUGUCAUCAAGAAGGACUAAUUUGGAAAUACCAGAAAUUGAAGAAAAUCUUCAUUCAACUUCAACCACAAAUACCAGAAAUACUACCAACGAUAACGAAGAUAACGAUGUAUCCACGAAUAACACAAACGGCUCACUCAACACUACAACGACUACAGUUACGCUCUAUUCUCAAGUAAAUCAUAAUGAAAUUGAAACUGAUCCACUUUUAAAACGUUUAUACGAUAGUGUUGAUGCAAUGUUACGAGAUCAAACAUUAUCACAAAGAAAUACUCAAGAUAAUAUUGUGUCUAAAUUAUUUUAUGUGGUUAUGACGGCCAUUGAAAAAAAUUUAUCAGAUCAAGAUUCACCUUUUACUAGAAAUUCCACGGUAGAUGAAAGAUUAAGAAAUAUGGGAAAUUAUUCAUCAUUUUCAUCUUGGAUAAAUGAUUCAAAUCUCUUACCACCCACUCCUUCAGAUCUUGAUAUCGAUGAUAUUUCAUUAAUUGAUCACGCUCAAAAUAUAUAUUUAAAAGAAUUAGAAAUUAAUCAACCUACUUGGUUUGCUGCUGGUUCAUACACUUAA